UGCUGCUGCCCACCCUGACGGCCACGCGCUUGGCCGGGCGACACAUCGAGGGACGGCUGCGGGAGCUCGGCUGCCCCGGCACGCCCGUCCCGGCCUCUGAGUGCCUGGCUGACCUCUUCCAGGGGCUGGAGAUGUACAACCGCGUGGUGCAGGGGCUGGCGGAGGAGCUGGGCCCCGAGGUGAAGGCUCCCAGCGCCUUCACGGUGGGCGGGGUGCUGCGGCUGCUGGCGGCUGAGCGCGGCCGGGCCGUGGCCCAGAGGCUCCAGCCUCUCCUGUGGCCUCAGAACGGGAACAUCAGGGACAGACACGUUUGCUGGGAGGACGCGGCGGUGCCGUGGCCACCGGGGCACGACGCGGCGGAGACAGGCACGGGGCUGGACACAGAACCUUCCAGAGCAGAGGUGCCAUCGGCGCUGGCGGCUGAGCUGCAGGCAGUGUGCCAGGAGGACGAGGAGCUGAUGAAACACGUUUUUGGGGCGCUGGUGGCCUCAGCUGACAGCCUGUGGCAGCCAGUGCUGUCAGAGAGCCCCGAGCCCCCGGGGCUGGCGCCGGGGCUGCGGCCGGGCAGUGCAGGUGGCUGGAAGGCUGUGCGGUGGCUGGACGCCGCCCGUGGCCCUGCGGUUGCCACGCUGAGUGCCCGGUACCACCUGCUGCUCUGGGAGGCUGCGGGCGCCGUGCUGGGGGACAUCCCCGGCACCCCUCCUGCCACCCCCAGCGCCACCGUCACCGCGGCGUGGGAGCUGAGCCGUGCGCUCGCUGUUGCCCGUGUGCCCCCCGAGUGCCAGGAGGAGCUGGGGCGGCUCUGCCUGCGCCUGCUGUGCCGCAGCGUUCUCUGCAGCUGGGACACGGAUUUUACCCGUGCUCUGGGCUCAGGGCUGUCAGACAAGUGCUUGGAGGCUCCAGGGGGGCCCCCGGGGCCGGGGUGCAGCCGCACAGCCCAGCAGCUGCGGUGCCUCUUCCCAGCCCUGGCACUGGCCCUGCACUGCCUGCGCCUGCUGCCCGCCCGCCCGCACGCCCCCCCCGGGGGUCUCUGCCUGCGGCUGCAGGUGCUGGCCCGGUGCCUGGCAGCGGUGGCGGCCGCCCACGCGUGGCUGACGGGCCGGGCCGGGCGGUACCUGGCGGCCUGGGCGCUGCCUCAGUUCCUGCUGCUCACCCAGGGAGACCUGCAGGUGCUGAAGGCAGAGGCAGAGGAGCUGAUGCUGCAGGUGAGCGGGACCUUCCCAGAGCCAAGGGACAUUCACGGGGACGGCCCCCCUGAGCCACUCCCCAGCCCAGGAUCCCCGUGGGAGCUCCAGCUGUGCCGGCAGAUCCGAGACAUGGCCAACAGCAUCCAGCGCUUCUCCGGGGACGUGCUCUGGAUGUUCUCCACCAGCUGCAAGCGGCUCUCAGCCGAGAUCUUCGACCAGACGAUGCCACUGGGCCGGCACUGGCGGCUCAGGCCACGCGCUGAGCUGCCCAGCUCCCCCAGCGCGUACGCGGCGGCCGCGGUGCAGGCGGUGCUGGGGCAGGUGCUGCAGGGAGCCCAGGCCCUGCCCCAUGAUGCCCAGGUGCCCACCCUGGCACGGGUCACCACGGCCUUCCUGGAGGCCUGGAUGGAUCACAUCCUGACCCGCCGGAUCAAGUUCAGCCUGCAGGGUGCCCUGCAGCUCCGGCGGGACUUCGAGGAGGUGCGGGAGCUGGUGUGCUCCGAGAGCUCCGGGCUGGCUCCCGAGGCCCGGCAGGCGCUGCGGGCCCUCUGCGUCUUCCGACACACGGACACGGCCGUGCGGUGCCUCCUGCAGCAGCCCGGGGGGCUGGGGGGGCCCCCCCGGGGCUGGGGUGGCCUCCGGCGCUGCUGCUCAGAUGAAGGCGCCCACCCCCUGGAACCAUCCAUGGAUCCUCUGCCUGGUCUGGACCCUCUGGAGGGGCUGGGCCCAAUCCCAGGGACCCCCCCGCCGGCUCCGGAGGCCGAUCUCCCGUCCCGUCCCGAGUCCCCGUUCCCGGGCAGCCAGCAGCAGUGGCUGUCCCUGCGGCUGCACCGUGCCCGCCGAUGGCGUGUGCCAGGGCUGCCGUGUGUCGGGAACAGCCCCGAGGGCUGACCUGGAAUAAACCUGGAAACACCA